GAUGACAUCGUGACUGCGACAAUCACUUUACAUUCACGAGACAAUGCACCAGUGGCUCUUAAUCGGGUUAAGUAAUCGUGUUAGGUUCAUUGAGAAAUGAUGCGAAACUGAAACGGGCAUUGAGGUUCGAAAUACAGUGAGAGGAUUUCCAAAAAAGAGCUCUUGGUGAACCAGCGUCGCUAACGGAACCUGUUUCGCACCUAAACGGGAGAACUGACGACGAGCGAAAUGUCGAAAGAAAAGUUAACUUAUGUGAUAACCGGAGGUUGCGGUUUUCUCGGACAGCACCUGUUACGAGUUUUGUUGGAGAAGGAAGAAAACAUUAAGGAGAUUAGACUUUUUGACAAACAAAUUUCCCCCGGUCUGCAGAGUCAAAGCACAGAGAAUGUGAAGGUGGUGUUGGUGCAGGGAGAUAUAACAGAUUACGUCAGCGUGCGAGAUGCCCUUCAGGGAGCCGACCUGGUCAUCCAUGCAGCUAGUCUGGUUGACGUAUGGUACAGAGUUCCUGAGAAGACAAUUUAUUCUGUCAAUGUACAAGGGACGGAGAAUGUUAUAAAUGCCUGCGUAGAAAUUGGUAUUCACUAUUUGAUCUAUACAAGCUCCAUGGAGGUGGUUGGUCCGAACAUAAAAGGAGAUACAUUUAUCAGAGGGGAUGAAGAUACUCCAUAUAAUGUAUUUCAUGAGAUGGGCUACCCCAGAUCCAAAGCUAAAGCUGAAAAAAUGGUGCUGGAGGCCAGUGGAACAAAGGUUAAUGGAGGGGGUACUCUCUACACAUGCUCUCUGCGACCAACAGGCAUCUAUGGGGAACAGCAUCAGUUAAUGAAGGACUUUUACACAAAUGGGGUUCGUACAGGUGGUUGGAUGAUCAGGGGAGUUCCACAAGAAACAGAACACGGCCGCGUCUACGCAGGUAAUGUUGCGUGGAUGCACUUACUCGCAGCACGUGCUCUACGAGAGCAUCCUGAAAGGCUGGGUGGAGAAAUGUAUUACUGCUAUGACGACUCGCCGUAUAAAAGCUAUGAAGACUUUAACAUGCAGUUCCUGUCGGCCUUCAAUUUUCGGAUGUUGCGCGUGCCGGUUUGGGUGAUUUGGUUUAUAGCGUUCAUGAACGACUGGCUACACUGGCUCCUUAAGCCAUUUUACAACUACACACCACUGCUUAACUCCUACACACUCGCUGUGGCCUGCACAUCUUUCACUGUGAGCACAGACAAAGCAUUCCGCCACUUUCAGUAUCGGCCACUCUACAGCUGGGAUGAGUGCCUGGCCCGCACGCAGAGCUGGGUGAACACAUUCCCUUUAGAAACGAGCACUAAAAACACCUAAUGGAUAUUUCAAGUGAAGUUUUCCGUAGCCAAAUUUUGAAUGAUUAUAACUGAUUCUAGUAUUUAUGGCUUUCUCGUAUAAUGGUCAAAAAAUAAUGUUUAAAUGGAAAACAGACAUGUGUCAUAUGUGAUAGCUAAUGCAAAAGGCUUGUGAGCUUGAGUGUACUGUAAUUUAGAAAAAAAUUACAUUUAUUGUAUGACAUUUAUGUUUAUUAAUAUUAGCCAAGAAACACAAAGUAUAGUGUUGUUAAAAACUAAUAAUGCAUAAUAUAUUUAAGAAUUGUUUGUAAACACUUACCCUAGUGCCAGUAAAGGAUUUCAGCCAGACAUCCUUUCUGUUCCUUAAACAACAAGCUUAAUUAUAGCAGUGACUCAACACAACCACCCGUCUCCUCCUAGAAACUCAGAUGUUCCAUCACUGAACAGGGAAAACCCUCCAAAAGGGUUUACCAGGCGGUCAGAUGUUCCACAGCUGUUUCUAUUAUUAUGUUGUUUGUAUCAUAGCAACAAUCUACAUGUUAAUGGAGUUUUUUGUAAAUGUAUCAUAUACUUAGAAAAUCUUGCGCCUUUAACCAAUGUGAUUUUAUUUAUUCGCUUGUAUCGACACAGACAAACGAUAGUAGACCUCUGUACACAAUCUAUAAGGUUUGAUUUGAAAUAAAUUAUAUACAUUACAGAAAUGUGUUUUCUUUUAAUGUAGCAGCGGGUGGAUUAUAUAUUAUACGCUAUAAUGACUAUACACUAACACUAAUACAUUACUGUUUCUUAAAAAGCUCAACACUUAAAGGGAAAACCAAAAGAAAACAAUAUUGUUGCUAGAGUUACAAGGGAGUUCCCCCAUGUAAGCUUAUUAAUAAAAUGACUUUUUUGUAGCCAUCAGAAGUGUUUCUUCAGUGACCAUUAUAUUUAUACUUGAGUCAUUGGGAGUGGAAUUUAGACGAGUAGCAGAACGUAACACUAAUUGCGGUUCAGCCAAUCAAUGGUCGCGUGGUUGUAGUUGCGGUGUAAAGUGUAGGACAACUACGACAUCUAGUGGCUAAAAUGAACACGACCGCUAUAAUUUAUUUUCAAACGAGUUAACGCUAAUCAAAGUCUACAAUUUAUUUUUAACAACAGUUUCCCCAACAACAAACACGAUUUAAAUACAUUUGAGGCAAUUUAUUCCCUAGUUCUGUGUUUUACAAAGGGUUUAAUUGUAAACUAAAGAUGCAAUUAUUUAUUAUUCAUCUCGAGAUGUUUUUUACAAAUAAUAUACAAUUCAGAGUUACAAUAACAAACUCUAUGUAUGUAACACUAUGUAAUAUCAAAUAAAUAUUCUAAGAAUAUCA